CAAUUUUUCACUCACACACACACACCUUCCUAGGUUCAUUUUCGCCUAUGUGUGGAUGCGACAUUGUUCUGGUUGCAUUGGGAUCCAAUGCGAUCCAAACCCGUCGACCUCCCAGCCGCAGCAGCCGGCCAGAAACAAAAGCGAUGUUGGAACUGUCGUAGUAAGACGAUUCCCAGAUGAGGCCUAGCCUGCCAGUACCCCCCCGUCAACUGAUCCUUGAUUCCAUCACAGCCCAUAAGAUUGCGUGUGAUAAGACACUGCCAUCCUGCCGGAACUGCAAGGAAAAGGGGCAGACAUGCUUGGGUUAUGGAUUGAAGCUGUCAUGGCCACGGGCGUCACUACACGAUCCCUGUUCAGUCGGGGGGGCUUGAUUUCAUCAAUACCUCAGCUGGAGAUGUUGAGGCAUCCCAGGGACAGG